AUGAAGACAACACAGAAAUCACCAGAAGCUGGAUCCUCUCCUCCAGUCAAACAGCUGCUUGAUGAACCAGAGACUGUCACCAUCAUAGACACUGGGUAUAGAUAUGACCUUUACAAUGUGGCCUGUCUGAGUGAUGAAGAAUUCUGGACAAGUGGACAUGACAAAUCCAUGAAACUCUACAGCAUCAAUCGGGGAUCACUACUCAAGUCAAUCAAAACCAAAUCAGGGGAAAUACUGUCCAACAUAACAGUGUUAAAAGGUAAAGAACUGGUUUAUAUUGAUUUUGAUGACAGAACUGUAAACAUUGUGAAGAAUGCGAAGAUAGAGGAAUUGAUCAGACUACAGAACUGGAGACCUAGCGGUGUCUGUAGUACCUUCUCUGGUGACCUCCUGGUUAUCAUGAACCAACCAUUCAGUCCACGAGGAAUCACCACAGACAGUCAGAGUCACAUCCUUACAGCUGAUGGUAACAAUCACUGUGUCCAUAUCAUAGACCAGGAUGGACAGUUCCUAUGUUAUAUAGACUGUAGAAUGAGUAAACCCUGGGGACAAAUGACAAUCUGUUUGUUGCGCAGUAUGGAAACACACUAG